GUCUUUGAUUCAUCAACAGGUGCCACAAGGAGCAUUCCUGCUAUCAAGGCCAUGACCACUAAACCCCAAUGGAGUGCCCUGCUCGCCCUCGUCUGCACCAUGUCGCACUGCAGCUUUGCUCACGCAGCGGACUCCGCAGCCCCUGAACAGGCGCUUACCUUCAGCCAUGUCUAUAACAUCGACAUUCCAGGGGGUUCCGCUUGCAAACUGGAGCGCCUGCCUAGCCAGGAUGAAAAAGGUCUGCAGAUGGAAACCACAAAGAGCGACGCGAACGACAUCAUCUUCAGGCACAACAUCAGAUUGCAGUCGCCCAAGUGUGACUGCGGGGAGUCGGAGACUUUUAAAUCUCUCCUGUACAGACUGAAUGGCUUGGAAGAGGAGGUCAACUACCUGAAGAGCCAGUGUGCUCAGGGAUGUUGCGGCAGUGGAGGGGCAAUAGGUGUGGACACAAUCUGUGGUGACCAUGGUACCUACCGGCAGGAGACAUGCAGCUGCCUCUGUUACCCCGGAUGGGAAGGCCCAGACUGCACGGUGUCCUCUUGUCCGGAGGAGUGCAACGACAACGGCCGCUGCGUGGAUCGCAAGUGCGUCUGCCAUCAGGGCUACACCGGUGAAGACUGCAGUGAGCCUAUGUGCCCCAACAACUGCAACGACAAGGGUCACUGUGUGGAUGGAAUAUGCGUUUGCUUCCCACACUUCACCGGCGACGACUGCAGUGUCCAGAAGUGUACCAAUGACUGCAGCCGGAAUGGCCUUUGUUUUGAUGGCCAGUGUGUCUGUGACCAGGGCUUUUAUGGAGAAGACUGCUCAUUAGUUCUUAGUCCUCAAGGUCUAAGGUUGGUCCAGGCAACUGAUGUCUCCCUCCUGGUCCAGUGGUUGCCAGUUCCUGGGGCCGACUAUUACGUUUUAACCUAUCAUCCCCGAGGUCAGGGGAGCGCCUUGAAGCAGGUUCGGGUUCCCAACAUGGAUAACUCCUACCUCCUCACAGGCCUGAAUUCGGGGCUUACCUACUUUGUUGAAGUCCACGCUGUCAUCAGAGGCAUCCAAAGUGGAGCGGAUGAGAUCGAAGCCACCACGGUUGUCUCAUCAGUCAACGAUCUCCGAGUUCUGGACCGUACAGACAUCUCAAUCCAGGUGGACUGGAGUAACCCACAAGCGGAGGUGGAUCACUUCCGGCUAACACACACUGACCCAUCAGGACAGGAGGAGGAGCUGAGCGUACAGCCAAGUCAAGAGGCGCGAACCAAACACACCAUCAUGGGUCUGUAUCCAGGAACAGAAUACUUGAUUGCAGUGCAGGCUAUAAAAGGACCAAUUGAGGGGAACUCUUCCACGGUCACAGGUUCUACAAACAUUGACGCUCCAACAAACCUGGUCACCAGUCAAGUAACAGAAGAUACUGCAACGGUUUCUUGGGACCCAGUCCAGGCCCAAAUCGAGGGCUAUAUGUUGACGUACACCUCAGAUGCGGGCUCCAGCGGCGAGAUCCCUGUUGGGCGCGACAUGACUUCAUACACGCUGGUUGGCCUUAAGCCCGGCGUGGUCUACACCAUCGACAUCUGGGCCUUCAGGGGGAAUAAGGUCAGCAGGAAGAGUUUCACCAUGGCUGAGACAGAGAUGGACGCUCCUACUAACCUCUUGGCCCAGAAAGAAACAGAGAGCAGCUUGAAGGUAUCAUGGGAGGGCGUCCAUGCAGAAAUCGACGGCUAUGUGCUGACCUACCGUUCUCCUGACGGCUCAAACGAGGAAAUCCCACUUGGGCCUGACAGUAACACUUACACAAUAAAAGGCUUGCGGUCCGGAGUCAUCUAUACAGUCUACAUCUGGGCUGUCAAGGGGAACAAAGUCAGCAGGAAGGUCUCAACACAAGCAGAGACAGAACUGGAUGCUCCAGCUAACCUCUUAGCCCACGAUGAGACAGAGAGCAGCUUCAAGGUCACAUGGGAGGGCGUCAAGGCAGAAAUCGACGGCUACGUGCUAAAGUACCGUUCCCCUGAUGGCUCGAGCGAGGAAAUCCCAGUUGGGCCUCACACUAGCACUUACACAAUAAGCGGCUUGAGGCCUGGAGUCCUCUACACAGUCCGCAUCUGGGCUGCCAAGGGAAAUAAAGCCAGCAGGAAGGUCUCAACACAAGCACAGACAGAACUGGACACUCCUGCUAACCUUUUAGCCCAUGAUGAGACAGAGAGCAGCUUCAAGGUGUCGUGGGAUGGUGUCCAGGCAGAAAUCGACGGCUACGUCCUCACAUACAGCUCUUCGGAGGGCGUUAGUGGGGAGAUCUCUCUGGGACCAGACACCACUUCCUACAGCGUGACGGGCUUGAGACCAGGCGAGGUGUACACUGUCUACAUCUGGGCUGUCAAGGGAAGCAAAGUCAGCAGGAAGGUCUCAACACAAGCGCAAACAGAACUGGACGAUCCUGCUAACCCCUUAGCCAGAGACCAAACCGAGAGCAGCUUCAGAGUGACCUGGGACACCGUCCAGGCAGAAAUCGACGGCUAUGUACUCACCCACAGUUCCUCAGAGGGCUCAAGUGGGGAAAUCCACGUUGGUCCCGAGAGCGAUUCUCACAGUCUGACUGGUUUGAGGCCCGGUGUCGUCUACACGGUCUACAUCUGGGCCGUCAAAGGAGGCAGAAGCAGCAGGAAGAUUUCAGUACAAGCAGAGACAGACAUUGACGCUCCGAAGGACCUGCGGGCUUUGGGUGUCACCACAGAGUCUGCAACGUUGAGCUGGGCCGCUCCUUUGGCUGACAUUGAUGGCUACGUCCUUAGCUACAGGGAUGAGGAUGGCAACAUGGAGACUGUUGAGAAGCACCUUGGAGCCAGAGAGACCAGCUUUGCCGUAUCAAGCCUCCAGAUGGCCAAGAUAUACAUGGUCAGCAUCAUCGCUUAUAGAGGGAGCAGGAGGAGCAAAGCGGUGGAAACCGUCUUCAAAACAGAUGGCCUCAUGUACCCCUUCCCCAUGGACUGCCUUCAGAUCAUGAAAAAUGGCAUCAAGAAGAGUGGCAUCUACACCAUAUACAUCAACAAUGACAACUCCAAACCAAUAGAAGCGUACUGCGACAUGGAUACUGAUGGAGGCGGCUGGCUGGUCCUGCAGCGUCGCACUACUGGAAAACUGGACUUCAUGAAACGCUGGAGGCAGUACGUAGCUGGUUUUGGCAACAUGACCGACGAGUUUUGGAUCGGGCUGGAUAAGAUCCACAAGAUGACCGACACAGCCAUCCAGUACGAGGUGAGGUUCGAUUUGGGCCUCGGCUCCGAGAGGGCCUACGCCGUCUACGACGGCUUCAAGAUCGCCCCUGCCAGGCAGAAGUUUGCGCUCACCGUCGGCAACUACAGAGGGACAGCAGGUGAUGCAAUGACCUACCACCAAGGUCGCCCCUGGACGACUCUGGACUCGGAUAACGACAUCGCCCUCGGCAACUGUGCCCUCACGCAUCGUGGGGCCUGGUGGUACAAAAACUGUCACCUGGCCAACCUCAAUGGUAAAUGGGGAGACAACAGACACAGUCUGGGGGUCAACUGGGAGCCGUGGAAAGGUCACCUGGCAUCCCUGGACUUCACCGAGAUGAAGAUCCGGCCGGCGGGAGCGUACUCCAGCAGGAAGAGGCGCUCGUUGAUGGCCAGAGAGAAGAACCAACGGAACCACCAGGGGAAGUAGAAGACUGCCAACGAGCCAUAGAUCUCACUCAACUUUGGUGUAUUCCGAGUGAGCCUGACCUCUUUAGAAUUUAGUCGUACUUGGUGCAAAAUAAUCAGCAUGAAAUUUUUGUUAGAAAAUAUUGGAAAAUAUAUGGCUCCAUUUCUAUAGCGCUUGAGCCUAACCCAUAUGACUUUGGGCUAUUGACGAAGUACCGCCUAGACUUGUCAUCAGCCAAUCGCAGGGCACAUAUGGACAAACCAUUCACAUUCUCACAUUCACACCUAUGGACAAUCUGGAGUCUUCAAUGGGCGAGGGAGCCAGAGUACCUGGAGAAAAUCCAAGCAAGCACAGGGAGAACAUGCAAACUCCACACAGGACGGCCCGAGUCAAGAUUCGUACCCAGAAAGCUCUCGACUGUGAGAAAGACGUGAUAACCACUAUGCAACCGUGCUUCCCAGUAUUGGAAACAAUUGCACGAAUUACUAUUUUUAUAGCAAAACAGAGUUAGUAGAGACUCAUUUUGUAGGACCAACAAUUGAUUAGCUGCUAAAUUCUCCUAAGGGCAUAUUAUUGGAUCACUUGUCUCAAUGUGGAACUCAUCCAUGAAUUCACAUUCAUGUGCACACUUUCAAAUAAUCUGAGGUCCGCUUGUAAAAAUGUUUUUUAUCUGUCUUAGUUGAAUUUGUAUUCGUCUGAUAGAUAAUAAGAAAGUGCCCCUGGUUUUCCCCAACCUUUAUUUAGAGAAGGCAUUCAUUUGACAUUACAAAAACCUCACGGUACACCACCAUACAAAAAUGUCACAAAAAAUGAAAAGUAUAUAAAGAAAUAAUGAUGAUCUCAUUCCAAUUUACUCACAAAUGUACUUAGUGUGGUAACUUACUGGAACCCAAAACUAUUAUUCUGUUGUGUGAGAGGCAAUGGGUAGAUAAAUACAAGUUUGUUAUGCCUUCUGUCAUCUAGUGGAAGAGCAUGUCAUUGUUCUGCAUGUCACUAUACGUCGCUGGCAUAGAUAGAUCAACACAGUGGAACCUCGAUUUUCGUGAUUAAUCCAUUCCAGAAAGUCUGACCAAAGCCAAAACGUAUGAAAUCCACUCCAACUCCGAUAAUCCGUUACAGACACCCAGAAGUAUUAACAAGAAAUGCAUUUAAUAGGGAAUAUAUAUAGCUUUUCUUACAAAACUGUUUAAAAUAAAUCUAAAUGACUAAUGAAGUGGAUAAAUGAACAUUUAACAUAACUUUUACUUUUACUGAAGACCCUAGAUGGCAUAUACAGCGAGAAGGAAGGAGAGGGAAGCCAUAUUUGGAGUUCUUUCAUGACUGAAGUAAUUGCGGGCACAGGGAACUUUCUGUUGUAUUAUGUAUAAAGGGUUCAAUAAAUGGCAAGGUGUAUUCCACAAUGCAAGCCUAUACUAACAACUCACGGCAAUAACAAGCCUCCCGGUCUGCUCGGCAACACUGCAAAUUUGGGGCAACAUCAGCGUAAUAUCCUGUCAAAACUCAGGCUUUCACAAAUAAAAGUACUGACUUUUGACAGGAUGUGUUUUGUAGGUGUUGCAGAGCAGACCAGAAGGGUUAUUGAUUUGAAUUGUUUCCGAUGCUUUCCGUUAAACGUGCAUCAAUUCCGGGAAAUGAGUGGCUGAGUUACGUAGUUUUUGAACAAAAAUCGUGCGGAUAGACAAAAACCCGGACAAAAUUUAGAAGAUUAUUUUUUUUUUUAACUAAAUUAACUAAACUAAAUCAUACGAAAACUAGGACAUACUGUAAUGGAGGUUCCACUGUAAAGAAUAAUUUUCAAACCAAUUGGGUAAACUUUGCUCAAUUCCCAUGGCACACCUGAUAUACUCUCACGGCAAAUGUGUUGGGAAUCACUGGUAUACGCAACAAAAUUCACCAAUUUCGGUUACAAAUUGUUUCGAAUUCUGAGCCAGAUUCCUCUCCAGUGGCUGUAUUCAAUUUUUGUUCUUUAGCUUGUGUAUAAGUUUGAUGUUUCAUUAGGAAACUAGCAUAUUUUCCCCAACGAUAA